UGUCUGUGCACAAGCAGCGCCGCGGCGUAGUUGUUGUUUAUAAGUUAAUUUUACUAUAAAAUGGUUAUUGUUCUUGUUAACUGAUUUUUGUUUUUUUCACAUUCUUAAAACAGAGUCCGUUUGAGUUUGCGAGACGUUGUAAAAUAUUAUUGAUAGGGUAGAAUUUAACCGUGUCGAAUUUUGUUCCUUUUCUAUAUAGUAUGCAGUAAGAAAAAUAUUGGACAAAACAAAGGCAAAAUGCCGAAACCACACAAUAAAAACGAAAAACCUCGAGAAUUAGAUGACGAUUACGAGGUUGUGUCUUUUGAAGAAUUUUGUGAUAAGCCAUCAAGUGCAAAAACCGAUUUGUUGUCUUUAAAUGAUAAUAUCAACUAUCGAAUAUAUUAUGAGAGCCUUAAAUUGCCAAAAGAUGGUAGCAGUUCGAACAUCGAAGAGGUAUUCGAUAGAGAGGUAGAAGGACAAAAGGAGACUUCAUUGAAUGGGCCCAAAGGAGGUGUCUACACCAAGUUACCGUUCGCGCCAUUUGGUAAAAGUGGCGCAAAAUCUCGCGCUCCUCUAUUCAGUGGAAUUAUCCCGAAACCUCGAAGCGAUGGAGAUACCACUAGGGAACCGAGAUAUCAACGUUUCUCUCAACGCCGUACAACAUUGCAACGAGCCUGGGAACAAUUGAAGAACAUCUGUCCCGGGAUGUUAGGUGUUGGGUUGAUGUGUGUGCUGUGCGUGGCUGUAUGGCUUGUGGUGGGAGGUACUUUAGGCGGCGCCUGGACUGAGGAUAAAUACAGAAAAUUAUGGCAACGAGUUCACCCUGAAAACACUGAGCGACCUAUGACAUACUAUGAAAUGGUUGUUCCGGAAGUUCAUUACCAUGAUCACAACAACUUGAGCACAAAGAACAAGUUCAAUGGUUCAGAAGGUUCUAGAAAGACGCCAUUAGAGGAUGAGAAAUACCAACGUUUGAUGCGUCCUAAACCUAUACAAGUACCAACUGAGGCACCGCAGACAAAGUAUAUAGAGAGGACCCCAGAGAUGCUGCGGAAUAUGUGUUCGAAUGUAACGGAUAAUAUGCGUUUUGAUUGUUACCCGCAGGCGGGUGCAAAUGAAGAAGGUUGCUUGAAAAGAGGUUGUUGCUGGAGGUCAACUAAUAUACAAGGCGCGCCAUACUGCUUCUACCCACCACAUUACGACACAUAUAAGUUCUACAACAUGACGGAGAAUAAACGCGGUGUGACAGCGUUCUUUGCGCUAAAUCGCCCCUCCGGCUACCCAGGAGACUUUCGUAUGGUCCGCGUUGAUAUAAUGUUUGUUACUGGAGAUAUUAUUAAUGCUAAGAUAACUGAUGCAGAAAAUCCAAGGUUCGAAGCCCAGUAUCCAGAGAUUCCAAUGGUGUAUGGUUCUAUCAAGACAAUGAAAUACAAAAUGGUACUUGAAAGUUCAAGUAUCGGAUUCAAAGUUAUCCGUCUCUCUGAUAAUGUUACUGUAUUUAACACUCAAGAUGUAGGUGGAUUGAUAUUAUCGGAUAAAUUUCUGCAGAUUUCAUCGUUAUUGCCCACCAACCAGAUAUACGGUCUGGGAGAGAGACGGGCUCGAUUCAGAACUGAAUUGAAUGAUUGGAAGACAUUUACUAUGUUUAACUCAGAUCAGGCACCUGUUGAAAAUACGAAUUUGUAUGGAAGUCAGCCGUUUUAUUUGGCGUUAGAACCGGACGGCAAAGCGCACGGCACAUUGCUUAUAAACUCGCAUGCUAUAGAUGUGGUGGUACAGCCGACGCCGGCGAUAACUUACCGUACAAUCGGGGGUUUGCUGAACUUCUACAUAUUCCUGGGCCCGGCGGCGGCGGACGUGGCGUCGCAGCUGACGGAGAUCGUCGGCAAGCCCUUCAUGCCGCCCUACUGGGGGCUCGGCUUCCAUCUCUGCAAAUAUAACUACGGCAGUCUACAAGUAACUAGAGAUGUAUGGAAAAGUAAUAGAGAUGCUGGAAUCCCAUUGGACGUGCAGUGGAACGAUCUAGACUAUAUGAAAGAUGGAAAUGAUUUUACAUAUGAUGAUGUCAAGUUUAAAGGAUUACCGGAGUUUGUGAAGGAAUUACAUGAUGCUGGGAUGCAUUAUAUGGUGUUGUUUGAUCCCGGAGUGAGCGCUGCAGAGAAAUUGGGUACUUACCCACCUUUUGAUAAGGGACUUGAAAUGAACAUUUUCAUUAAGAAUUCAACCGGACAACCUUUUGUGGGAAAGGUUUGGAAUAAAGUGUCAACGGUAUGGCCGGACUUUACGCACCCCAAUGCCACAAUGUAUUGGACCCAAAUGAUGUCAAACUUCCAUAAAAAGAUACCAUACGAUGGCGCUUGGAUUGAUAUGAACGAACCAUCAAACUUCGUUUCCGGUUCUUUGUACGGUCAAUGUGCUCCAGAAGAUUUGCCAUAUGUACCUCAUUAUCUUACCAAUGGAUUGAAACAUAAGACACUUUGUAUGGACGCACAACAUUAUGCUGGGAAACAUUUCCAAUGGCACAAUUUGUAUGGACUUACUGAAGCUAUCGCUACACAUUUUGCCUUAGUCGAGAUCCGCGGCAGUCGUCCGUUUAUAAUAUCGCGGGCGUCGUUCCCCGGACUGGGACGGUUCGCGGGCCACUGGAGCGGGGAUGUGGACAGCAGCUGGCAUGAUAUGAGGAUGAGCAUUCCAGAGAUGCUGAGCUUCAGUUUAUUCGGCAUCCCGAUGAUGGGGGCGGACAUCUGCGGCUUCCGCGGCAACACCACGGUGGAGCUCUGCAAGCGCUGGAUGCAGCUCGGAGCCUUCUAUCCAUUCUCCAGGAAUCAUAACUCCGAUACUUCUAUGCCACAAGACCCAGUGAGUUUGGGCGCGGAGGUGGUGAGUGCGUCCCGCGCCGCGCUGCGCACGCGCUACUCGCUGCUGCCCUACUACUACACGCUGUUCUGGAGGGCACAUCUGCACGGCGAACUAGUUGCCCGACCGUUAUACUUCGAUGAUCCAAGUGACACAGUAACACACGACAUAGAUACUCAGUUCCUGAUCGGACCGUACCUGCUGGUGUCUCCUAUACUGUGGCCCGGGGCCAGCUCUGCACGCGCAUACUUCCCCGCGGGGAUAUGGUACGGCCUCGAUGGCACACUUAUGACACCCGGCUGGAGGAAUGUCACAGAACAACAUAUGCUAGCUGUCAAGGGAGGUGGUAUUUUACCAUUACAAGAGCCGGGCGCAGGCGUGGUAUCGACACGGGAAUGUCGCACGCGGCCGCUGCACCUGCUGGCCGCGCCGGACCUCACUGGACACGCACGCGCCAUGCUGUACUGGGAUGAUGGACUUGGAUUACAGACAUAUGAUGAGAGUAAAUACAGUUUAAUACAUUUCACAUUGGAUAAACAAGAGUUCCGCAGUGAACUGCAAUGGUGGGCAUACGGGAUGCCAUCUAUCAACAAAAUAACAAUCUUCGGACAGAAGUUGCCAAUCAAAAAUGUCACUGUCAACCAACAACCCUGUAAGGAACCUCUCUGCGAAUACUCUUAUACCGGUAACACACAAAUAUUUGGUUGUGAGACAUGUGGAUCCAAAGAUUGUUCCCGCCAUAAUCCAGAUGUGGCACCAGAGCCAUGGAGUGGGUUACUUAUACAUAAACAAUUGGACCAAGCCAUAGAAGAUUUCUACAAUGCUAUAUUAGACCAAUUUGUAAACUCUUGGUACAGUAAGAUAACUCUACAACCAUUUUUUAUUGAUGAGUUGAGAUUACAACUGAGAUAUGCGUCUGCUAAUCUGUUGAAAAGAGCUCUGAAGAUAGACUAUGCUCGUCUAAUCAUGGAGAGGUUAGUGCCGUGUGCACUCCGACACUAUGCGGUGGCAUCGAGCGGCGCGCGGCCCGCGCUCCAUGUGGCCGCAUGCAACCGUGCUGCGGAGAUGAAAUACUUAAGAUCGCUAACUGAAGUGUUAUUACCAUUGGUACUACAGCCCAAUGAGACGAAUAACUCUGUGUUUCGAGUGUUGGUCCGUGAGGUGUUUGCAGGCUGGGUGUUAUUGUCACUCACAGAUGUGUUAGCAGACCCUUAUAUACUGAACGCACUAAUCUUACUAGCUACAAGCGAUGAGACGAUGGCUGAACUACCCACCACUCCUAAUUAUAAGGUGGAGUUCUUAGAGACGUUCAGCCGCCAGACGGAGUGCGUGUACAGCGCGCGCAGCAGACUGCUGCAGGUGGACGUGGAGGCGGUGCUGGCGCAGCAGGACCAGCUGUACGCACUGAUGCAGCACUUAAAGGCUGCUGGGCAUCUGCAGCUGCUGCAGUUCUAUAAGGACAUUAAAGUGUUCCAAAGUACGCUGUUAAACCCGGAGCUGAGCGACGCGGAGCGUGCUGCGCUGGCGGGUGAAGCGCGGGCACUGGCGGAGCUCUGCGCGCGCGUGCGUCUGCCGCCCGCCGUGCCGCGCGCACUACUGCGGGACCUGCGCCGCGACCUGCAAGCUGCCGACGUGCACACACUUCAGACCAGCCGCGCUCUGUACCAGGCUGCGCGGCAGUCGCACGCUGCGUUGGAGAAGUUGUUACUGCCGCGAUAUCUGCACAGUGAAGAAUUUUACAAGCUGUUGAUUGGUUCCCGAGUGGCCACAGGUUACCAAAAACAAAUGGCUAAAAGACAACAAGAUAAGUUAUUGAACGCGGCUAUGAAGAUAGGCAGUCGUCUGAAGGGCGCGCUAAGGUCACCGGCGGUGGACGGCCAGCUGCUGGAGGGCUACAACCAGCUGGACGACGGCAUGGAGAACCUGGACAUCCUCAAGUACCUGGACUCCAUCGCGGCCGAGGACAGCAUGGAGCAGGACCUCGCCAACUUUAAAGUGGUCCUCACUAAUGUGGAAACGCAACUUCAAGCUCCGCCGCGGCGUGGUACUGUGCGGGUGUUCACGCUAGCGGUGCACCGGGCGGGGGGUGCGGUGGGUGCAGGGGGUACAAGGGGUGCGGGGGGCGCGGAGCUUUGGGGGGCUCGCCGCACGGAGCACGACUUCCACCUGCUCCGCGCCAAGCUGCAUGAGUUCCACGGAGACGCGCUGCACGACCUCGCACUGCCUUCAAGACGAGACAACAGUCCUCUGGAGACUCUCCGGUACAAAUACGAAGACUUCUUACAAAGGUUACUCCAGAAGCCGCUGCUGCAGACCAGCGAGCUGCUGUACCUGUUCCUCACGGUGGACGGAGACUUCUCCCUGGUGGUGCAGGCCUCCACCCUGAACGCCAACAGCCCAGACCUGGGCAACAUCUACCAGUCUGUUGCACAUAAACUGAGGAAAGAGAAGGGACAGCAUUUGGAAAGUUUUUUAAGGAACUUCUUGGUUUCUUCUGAUAAAGAACGGUAUCAAGCUCUUAAGCAGGGGGUCCGUGAAGUGGAGGAAGCGCUAGAAGCGGACGAGGGGUCAUCAUUGCGGGUGGGUGCGGGGGGUGCGGUGGGUGCGGCGGGUGCUGGAGGUGCGCGGGGGGCGCGCGGGCAGGUGUUCGGGGACAACUUCGCGGAGCCGCCCCCCGUGCCCGCCCCCCGACCCGGCGGACAGCAGGCGGCGGUCGCGGGCUUUACACAGUGCUUCAUGUAUUUAUUGCUAAAGGUUGUGAAAGCGCCGACCUUCCUGUGCGGCAUUGCGGGCAGCUUGUUGUCGAUGACGCGCACUGUACUGGAUGACGCGUUUAACUCGUAUCUCAACACAACGCUGGCUACCCUACUUUGUGAGAGGAGGAUGGCGCAUCUCAUACGAUUAGGACACGGGUUGGUGUUCGGCAAGCGGAGCCUCCCCCCCCGCGCGGAGCCCCGCUCGCAGCGCGAGGCGGCGCGCGCGCGUCUGCCGCUGCCCGCGCUGCGACACGCCUUCGAUCUUAUACAGAGCCCGCAGCUUAACAAACAGUUGGUGUACAGCUUGUUGGAUCUCUGCGUGUUGGAGUUGUUUCCCGAGUUACAGGACAAGGAAGUGAUGGCGAUGAACAUAUAAAGACUUCCUUAUUCGAGUAAUUUAUUUAUUAAACGCUUUUGUAUAUCGCGUAUAAACUGAAUAUCUUAAAUGGAUUUAUAUUUUUUGUAAUUAAUCUCUUAAAAAAGUUGUACGUAAAAAUAGUUAAUUGUAAAUAACAAUAGGUUAUUGAAACUAUUUUUAUAUUAUUAAUUUAGUUAAUAUAUUGUAUUAACGGCCUUCGAGAAAGGCUGAGUAUUCCUGAAGUGACCAUAAAACGAAUAUUUGCAACGUAAAAAUAAAUUAUUUUGAUUACAGUU